GUUUAACCAAAGCCGUUGGCUCGUUCCGAUCAAGAUGAGAAUACUACUGUUUGGAUUUUUCGUAAUUCUUUUGCAUGGUCAAUGUAUGUCUAGGCUUGUGGUUGUUACUGAUGACUUGAGACUCGGAUGUAAAGAUCUGAAAAGUACUACGCCACUGUUGCGUCUUAAAAAGUAUCUCUUUUGCAAUUAUGAUAACACCGUUCGUCCGAGCCAUCAUAAAGUAGUUACCAAUGUUACUCUUAGACUGAUGCCGAAAAUGAUGGAAUUCAGCGGAGAAGGUGUACUGACACUUCAAAGCUGGAUGUCGUUUUCUUGGACGGACACGUUUCUUAAUUGGACAUCAAGUGACUUUGAGGGACUUACUUAUAUUCACGUGAAAUCAUCCAAUCUUUGGAUGCCCGAUCUCUACGUCUACAACUCCGGCGAUAUGUCGAAUAGUGAUAUGGUGGUUCUCGACACGAACUGUUUGGUCUUUAAUACGGGUUCUGUUGUUUGCGUGCCGCCUGUAAAAUAUAUGUCAAAAUGUGAGCCCGAUUAUACAUAUUGGCCUCAUGACCAGCACACAUGUGUCAUUACACUCGGCUCAUGGUCGCAUACAGGAGAGGAAGUCGAUGUCCAUCUAGACGGAACUGGAGUUAACAUGCACGGCUACGAAAAUAAUACAGAUUGGGAUUUGAAUUUAUUAAGCGCAGAGAAAAUCGUUAAGAAGUAUAAGUGCUGUCCGAACGAUACUUUUCCGAGAAUCGAUUACACAUUUUCAUUGACUCGGCACUACAGCAGAAAUCACAAAUCGUACAUCACACCAGCCAUUGCUUUGAUAUUCCUCACCCUAACGGUGCUAUGGUUGGAUUCAAGAUCGGUUGAACGAGUAGCGAUCGCGAGCAUAAAUUUUAUUUGUCACUUACUUUGCAUCUUCGAUUUGUUCUGGGCGGUGCCGUACAAUGGCCCUCAUCCUCCUAAUAUAUUGUUGUUCUACCGCGAUUCCUUGGCGCUGGCUACUUUUGCAUUAAUUCUGACGGCCUUGUUACGUAAAUUGCAAAAUAUGAGUAUGGAGAUGCCAAGUUGGAUUUCUUCCACGACGAUGUUCAUCUUGAAUAACAGGGCUGGUCGAUUCCUGGUCCUGAACGACGAGGAGUCCAAGAUAGUAGACGCAGGAGGUAUAAUGACCGAAGACAGCUCGGACCUUCCAAAGUCCGGAAUGAUGAAAGAAUCGUCCUGGAGACAUUUCGCCGCUAUCAUCGAGUGGUUGUCAUUCUUCUGUGUGGUCCUCUUUUAUGUCAUUAUUUUAAUCAUUCUUGUACCUUCAGGAGCCUCGGUAUUCAAGAUGAGCAGAAACAAUUUCUUUCCCGUCCUACUGUUUAUUCUUCAUAUCGUGUGCAUCGAUGCGAUAGCAGUGAGAAGUAGCAGUUGUAGCUCCGAAACCAAAUCGCCCAUGGUGAAAUUGAAAAGGCAUCUCCUAUGCGAAUACGAUCCCGAUGUAAGACCGGUUAAGGGUAAUAAUAACAUGACGCAUGUGAAUUUCUUUAUGAAGCCACACUUCUUUGAAUACAGUCACGUAAGUGAAAUCUUCACGUUGCAUGGGUGGAUGUCAAUGCUAUGGAAUGAUUCGCAUUUGAUGUGGGAUCCUGCGCAAUACGAUAACAUCAAAUGGAUACCUGUAUCAGGGAAUGAAAUUUGGGUGCCUGAUGUUUUGAUUCAUAACGGACGAAUUGAAGAAAGCUCAUCGGAUUACGAACGUUCAAAGUGCUGGGUGUCGAGGCAAGGGAUGAUUAGAUGGUUAAUGGCAGCAAAGUAUAGUACAAGCUGCAUCACAGAUAAUACGUGGUGGCCAUACAAUACUUUAAAUUGCACUAUACAAUUCGGAUCGUGGUCACAUUCCGGUGACGAGAUCGAUCUUGAUACCAAUCAGAAUAAAGUGUCAAAUUUUGACUUCGCAUCGAAUGUCUACGCUAAUGUUGAGUGGGAUUUAGUGAAAGUUUAUAUAACAAGAUGGGAAAAUAAGUACAAGUACGAUUCGGGUUCAACUAUUAAAAUGCUUUCCUAUCACUUUAUUCUGAGGAGUCAUUGGGGUAUAAUACGCAUUGCGUUCAUAACACCUACUAUAGUGUUAAUGGUGAUGACUCUAAUGACACUGUGGCUAGAACCGAAAUCGUUCGAGCGAAUGGUGAUUGCUAAUCUGAAUUUUAUUUGUCAUUUACUAUGUAUACAAAACGUGCAUUGGGAAAUGCCGAGGAGCGGUUUUAACACUCCCAAAAUACUCGUCUUUUACGAGAGCUCUCUCGGGAUAGCAACGUUCGCUCUCAUUGUCACCAGUAUCUUGCGACAGCUGCAAGAAUUGACUACCGAGCCGCCCACGUGGAUCGCGGCCGGCACGACAUCCAUUCUGCGCAGUAGAGUUGGACGGAUUCUUCUAGUCAGCAUCCUGGACCCGGCCGCGACGGCCAAGAUAGAAGCGGAUGUGGACGAUAAUACCGACCUCGUGCAAUCGAAUAUGGGGAAUAGCAAAAGAUCGCCGUGGAAAUACAUUAUAGUGCUCAUAGGAUGGUUAGCACUUCUAAGCGCGCUUCUGGCCUACAUUAUACUGCUGAGCACGUGUUUGCCUACGUACUAUGCCAUAACAAACUAAUUCUCUACUGUACGAAAUAGAUUUAUUUCGAAUGGAGUUGUUAAGGAUAUGUAUCAUGUUAAACAAUAUGAUUAUAUAACAAGUAAAGAAACAUAAAUUGUAAAAAAAUAUUAUAUAUAUGUAAUUGGAUAUAUAUUGGGUUGAAUGGAAAGCUCUCUCGUUCGAAUAUUUGCAUCCAUCUCUUAGAAAAAAAAA